AUGCUGCACCAGAAACAAAUUAUAGAGGCUCUUGGGAAUAAGAGAGAAGAGGGACAGCUACCUAGUCAGCCCAUAGAAAAUCCAAGGAACCGCCCAACAAUAGGAUUUCAGCAAGGGGAGUCUAGUAGCAUGAAUCUAGGAAAAAACCCACGAAAUGAAAAUGUUAGGACAGUGAAUGCAUUAAGGAGUGGUAAGAUCUUAGCUGAUCCUUAUCCCCAAAUAUUAGAAGAAAAAGAAAACGUGGACAACCCAAAACAAAAUCAAAUAGGAGUAGAAGAGGAUUUUAUAGAUUCUACCAAGGAAAUUUCGAAAGAGAGGACAACCAUUCCAUUUCCUAAAGCUCUAGAGCCUAGACAAAGAAAGAAAAAGGAACACAAUGAAGAAAUAAAGAAAAUUUUACAAGAUGUGCAAAUUAGUCUUCUUUUACUUACUGCCAUUGAACAUAUUCCUGAAUAUGCUAGAGUUUUGAAAGAAAUGUGUACACCAAAAAGGGCACCUAGAGUAGAAAAAUUAUCUAUGCAUGCUAGUGCAUUAUUAUUAAAUCAAUUACCAUAUAAAUUGAGAGAUACAGGUGCCCCUUUGAUUUCGUGUGAUAUUGGUGGAUUCAUUUUUCAGAAUACAUUACUUGACACCGGUGCUAGCAUUAAUUUAUUACCUGCAAGUAUUUGUGAUAAAUUUAAUAUUUCUGAUCUUAAACCUUCUACUGUUACCUUACAAUUUGCUGAUAGAUCCAUAAAACAUCCUAAAGGUAUUUUAGAAAAUGUGAUAGUGACAGUUAAAGGGUGUAAAUUUCCAGCUGAUUUCGUAGUACUGGAAAUGGAUUUUAAUGGACAGUUUUAUGAUACACCAAUCAUCUUAGGGAGACCAUUUUUGCAUACAGCAAAGAUGAAUAUUGAUUUUCCCACAGGUAUUGCGAAAAUUUCAUGUGGAGAUCAAUCAGUAGAAAUUAAAAUUUUUGAGAUAUCAAAUGAUAUUAAGAAAUCCCAAGUAUAUGAUUGUCAUACCAUAGAUCUUCUAGAUGAUUUUGAUGAUCCAGAUGUUAUUGAUGACUGUGUGCUGAAAGAAUUAGAGGAAAUAGAGAAUAUAAAUUUAGAAGAAAAGAAAGAGGAAGAUCAUCUGAAUUUAGAGUUGAAACCUCUUCCCUCUAGUUUAAAAUAUAUGUUUUUGGAGGAAAAUAAUUUAUUUCAUGUUAUUAUUGCAGCUGAUUUGAGUGAUGAACAGGAAGAAGAAUUAUUAGAUGUACUUCGAAAAAAUAAGAAAGCUAUGGGCUGGAAAAUGGACGAUCUAAGGGGCAUUGAUAUGAGUGUAUGCAUGCAUAGUAUAUAUUUAGAGGAGGGGGCUAGAACUAGUAGGGAACCACAACGAAGAUUAAAUCCUAACAUGAUGGAAAUUGUAAAAAAGGAAAUUUUAAAGUGGCUGGCUGCUGAUAUUAUUUAUCCUAUUUCAGAUAGCAAAUGGUUUAGUCCUACACAAGUAGUGCCAAAAAAAUCAGGGAUUACGGUUAUAAAAAACGAAAAUGGGGAUGAAAUACAAACAAGACUAACUACCGGUUGGAGAGUUUGCAUUGAUUAUAGAAAAUUAAAUUCAGUUACUAGAAAAGAUCAUUUUCCCCUACCAUUUACUGAUCAAAUUCUAGAAAAAUUAGCUGGAAAAACUUUUUUUGUUUUCUGGAUGGAUACUCUGGUUAUAAUCAAAUUUAUAUAAACCCUUUAGAUCAAGAAAAAACAACUUUCACUUGUCCAUUUGGUACUUUUGCUUUUAAACGCAUGCCUUUUGGUCUGUGUAAUGCUCCAGCCACAUUUCAAAGAUGUAUGCUGUCUAUUUUUUCUGAUAUAAUUGGAAAAUGCAUGGAAAUUUUUAUGGACGAUUUUUCUGUUUUUGGCGAAUCAUUUGAUGAAUGCUUAAAUCAUUUACAGCAUGUACUUGAGAAAUGCAUAGAGAAAAAAUUAGUUUUGAGUUGGGAGAAAUCACAUUUUAUGGUUAAAGAGGGAGUUGUGUUGGGUCAUAUUGUGAGUAAAAGGGGUUUAGAGGUGGAUAGAGCAAAAAUUGAUAUUAUAUCUAAAAUGAAACCUCCAAAUUCAGUAAAACAGAUUAGAUCUUUCUUGGGUCAUGCAGGUUAUUACAGAAAAUUUAUUCAAGAUUUUUCGAAGAUUUCUAAACCUCUCACCAUGCUAUUAUCUAAAGAUAUGCCUUUUAAUUUUGAUGAGAAAUGUUUUGAGUCUUUUUCCGUAAUAAAAAGAUUACUUACUGAAGCACCCAUUUUACAAGCUCCUGAUUGGUCCCUUCCCUUUGAAAUAAUGUGUGAUGCAUCGAAUUAUGCAGUGGGGGCCGUUCUAGGACAAACAAAAGAGUCAAAACCCAUAGUAAUUUCAUAUGCUAGUAAAACUAUAUCCGAUGCUCAAUUAAAUUAUACCACGACUGAAAAAGAGUUGUUAGUUGUAGUAUUUUUGUUAGAAAGGUUUAGAUCAUAUAUUUUGGGAGCUAAAAUUAUUAUUUAUACUGAUCAUGCAGCAUUAAAAUAUCUGUUAAAUAAGAAAGAUGCAAAGCCACGUUUAUUAAGAUGGAUUUUAUUGUUGCAGGAAUUUGACUUAGAAAUAAAAGAUAAAAAAGGUUUCGAGAAUGCUGUUGCUGACCAUCUUUCUAGAUUAAGUGACACAGGAAUAAAUGCAGCACCUUUACAAGACGCAUUUCCAGAUGAACAAUUGAUGGCAGCUCAACAUCAACCAUCACCAUGGUAUGCACAUAUUGUUAAUUUUCUGGUUUCUGGAAAAACUCCAGAACAGUGGGAUAAGAACAGAAAAAAUCAUUUCUUUUCUAAGAUUAGAAAUUAUUUUUGGCAUGAUCCUGAUUUAUAUUACUUGGGCAAUGAUCAAAUUUUAAGGAGAUGUGUUCCUGAAGAAGAAUACCAUAGCAUUAUUAACAUGUGCCAUUCAUCUAACUGUGGAGGACACUUCUCUGGACGAAAAACAGCUGCAAAAAUUUUUCAGUGUGGUUUUUAUUGGCCUACAAUCAUUAGAGAUUCUAUAGAAUUUAGUAAAACAUGUAUUUCAUGCCAAUCUAUAAGUAACAUGAGUAAAAAAGAUGAAAUGCCCAUGAGUAACAUGUUAGUAGUCGAAAUUUUUGAUGUAUGGGGAAUAGAUUUCAUGGGUCCCUUCCCAUCAGCUGAAAAAUAUGAAUAUAUUUUUCUUGCUGUUGAUUAUGUGUCGAAGUGGGUGGAAGCUAUUCCUACUAGAACUAAUGAUCAUAAAAUCGUGAUGAAAUUUGUGCAGGAAAAUAUUUUUUCGAGAUUUGGAUGUCCUAGAGUGAUUAUUAGUGAUGGAGGAACACAUUUUACAAAUAAAAAUUUCAGAGAACUGUUGAAAAAGAAUGGAGUACACCAUAGAGUAGCCACUCCAUAUCAUCCCCAAACAAAUGGGCAAGCUGAAGUAGCAAAUAGGGAAAUUCAGAGAAUUUUGAGAAAAAUAGUUAGACCAGAUAGGAAAGAUUGGCCCACGAAAUUACAAGAUGCAUUAUGGGCUUAUAGAACAGCUUAUAAAAAUCCCAUAGGUAUGUCCCCAUUUCGUCUCAUUUUUGGAAAGCCAUGUCAUCUUCCUGUGGAAAUAGAGCAUAAAGCAUUAUGGGCUAUAAAAAAUUUAUGUAUGGAUGAAAAAUCAGCUGGUGGGCAUAGAAUUUUUCAGUUACAUGAACUAGAGGAGUUGAGGAAUGAAGCUUAUGAAAAUCAUAGAAUAUAUAAAGAAAAAACUAAAACUUUUCAUGAUAAAUACAUUAGCAGAAAAAAAUUUGAUGUUGGACAAAAAGUGUGGUUAUAUGAUUCUAGGCUGAAAUUAUUCCCAGGAAAAUUAAAAUCAAAAUGGAAAGGGCCUUAUGUGGUGGAAGAGACAUAUGAUCAUGGGGCUGUAAUGAUUAAAGAUCUUAAAUCAUAA